AUGCCUCCUCCCCCUUCCGUGUAUUACAACUACUACGACCCUAGCUCAACCUCACCCAAGAUGGAAAUGGAUGAAUCCUCUUCCACCGUUGCACCCUCAGCUAUCAACACGAGCGCCCCAAGCGGCAAUAACACACAAGCAAAUUCAAACAGCAUGUCGGACUGGUUUGCCCUCCCACUCGAUCAGUUCUUCAACAGCUCUACCGCAGGAGUUGACCAGGGCCUCGGAGGUACCGGCCCAAUGGUGGGCGAAUUCGACAUGUUGGAAGUCCUGCUCAAAGAGCAAUAUACUGGCGACAACAAUGCAAACGGUACUAGCACUAAUGGACAGGCCCCUGUUGCUGCCGUUGCUACAAAUGGUGGUGGGAUGACGUCUCAUUUCCUGUAA